GUCAAUAUCAAAUUAUAUUGACUCUCGGAACAAUUGUUCUUGCGAUCUAACUGUAGAGUCUUUCGCGUGGAAUGUCGUACUUUUUAAAAACAAAUAGAAAUCUAAAUUUACUGAUGCUCGAAGAUUAAAUUCAACUAGUAUUAUAUUAUGAUUUUGGGAUUCUAUCAUAUUUGAAAACAUCAUUCAAAAUGUUAUCAAAUUAUAGUGAGGGCGAUAGUACGAAUGCGAAUUCUAUGAAGAUUUUAAUGCCCAUGGCGCAAAAGCGACAGCAUGGUGGUUGCGGACGCAAAAAGAAGAAUGAUCCUUCAGUAUUUCUAUAUGCGGCUCUUGCUAUCGCUUGCCUUACAAUUGCUGGAUUUUGUACUUUCAUUGCGAAUAACUGGAAUUCAGUCGAACUAUCAACUUAUUACAAAGUCAGUUUCAUUGCGAAUGGGAGAUGGCAAAACGAUACAAUAGAGUACAACAAAAAAGAUGGACAUCUGCGAGGCAGAGAAUUUCAAACUGGGGACAGCGUAUUUUAUUGGGAUUUAGAUACUGGGUACAAAGCAUAUCCUAUUAAUCAAACUGGCUUUAACGAUAAUCAGACAUUUUGUCUGAUCUCACGAAGAAUAAAUCCUAACAACUUCGAUUUGGACGAAGACAUGGUAACCAAAGGAUUAACGGAUAUGGUGGGUAAUGAGCAAGUGGCAGAAAUAGAUAAACGUCAGUGGCGACCUAGUAGCAAAAAAAUAUCUGAUACAAGUUUUCUACCAUUAGCGAUUAAAAAGAGAUGCAAAGGUUUGAACAUGUACAUAAUGGAGCAGCAUUUUGUCAAAGGAAGUAGAGAGGAGGCCGAUCAUUUGGCUGAGGUAGCAAAAGAAGCAACCAAACCAAAACCCGACUCUCAUGGCGUGAUCCCUCCAGGAGCACUUUAUAACCCAAAAGCUAAUCAGGACGGAAAAGAUUGUUGUGUCCAUUGUCCAAAAACUUACUUCUAUUGCCAAAAUGUCUGUAUCCCGCUGAAAACUUAUGCGUAUCCAUCACACACUUUGCAAAAUUGUGAACGACAAGUCUGCACUACCGUCAUGCCUUGCUAUUAUUGGCACGGGAAUACAAAGACAGUAAAACGUCCGUAAAACCCUUUUCUCAAAUGUGAUUGUUUGUAAUGAACCAAACGUACUUUGGAUCGAUAAUUUCUCAAUCACAGAAAAGUGUGUGGCCUAUCUUGCAUCCAGGAAGAAAUCGUUGAGAUGGUCAUUUCAUUCAAUCCUUAUAUUUAACUACAUUUGGUUGCAACAGAGCGAGUGUACAGUCAAGUCUCAUUUUUCAUUAUAUUUCAUGUGUGUUUUCUGUAGAAGCCAAUAUCCGGUCAAGCUAGUCAAUUAGAAAUUUGAAAACCCGGAAUAUUGUUUUUUUCUUUUUCGGUAUUUGUAAAUAGUGCUAUGACGAUUAUAAAAUAUAUGAUCUCACUAAA